AUGGUCAGUGUCUGGAUGUUGCUGUCGUGGCUCGAACAAGGAAUUCGCAUUGACACAUCCGUCAUGGGUAGUAAGACGGACGGAGGGCAAAAAGAUAAGAAAGACAAGAAGGAUAAGAAGGGCAAAAAGGACAAGAAAGGCAAAAAGCAUAAACACAAUAAGAGCGAGCUGGUGAACGAGAACGAGGUGGGCAGGGACAAGGCGGCAAGAGAGGCGGCGGAGGCGGCGCUAGCUACAACAAGAAGGUGGGACGGGAGAAGAGGAGGCAUGAAAAAAUCACCUUUGGCCCAGUCUUUGUUAUUUGUGUUUCAAUGCUGCGUCAGCACCGGCUCCGUUAUCGCCCGCUUUCACAAUCAAGACGAGACGGAUUUCUAUGGCGCGUGCGAUUUGUAUUGUUACUGA